GCGAUGACGCCGAGGAGACUUGGGUUUCAAGUGGGAAGUGUGUGUGCGUGCACAAGUUGAAUGGGUUCAGUUCACUUCCCUAGAACGAGUCAUUUACCGGCACACACUCGAUGCGGCAUUCUUCCGUCCUGCCCAUUUAAGACCAUAACUCUUUAAUUCUUACAGACACGAGUAAAGUGUGUGUCGAGUAAGUGAGUGACAGGAAACGGCUCGAAGAAGGACGAAAAGAACCAGAAACCGGCACGAUGAUCGCUUCGCAUCUCCUGGCGUACUAUUUCACGGAACUCCAUCAUGACCAGGUCCAGAAGGUGGACAAAUUCCUGUACCACUUGCGGCUGUCAGAAGAGAACCUGAUGGAUGUGUCAAAACGCUUCCGACGGGAGAUGGACCGAGGGCUCGGGCGAGACACUAACCCCACAGCUGCUGUCAAGAUGCUGCCUACUUUUGUUCGGUCCACUCCGGACGGCACAGAGAAAGGUGAUUUUCUGGCACUGGACCUUGGAGGGACCAACUUCCGGGUGCUGCUGGUGAAAGUGUCUGACAAUGGGAAGCAGAAGGUUGAGAUGGAGAACCAGAUCUAUGCCAUUCCUGAGGACCUCAUGAGGGGCAGCGGGACUCAGCUGUUCGACCAUAUAGCGGAGUGUCUGGCGAACUUCAUGGAGAAGCUAGGGAUAAAAGACCGGAAGCUUCCGCUGGGCUUCACUUUCUCCUUCCCCUGCAAGCAGACCAAAAUUGAUGAGAGCUUCCUGGUGACCUGGACCAAAGGCUUCAAGUGCAGUGGCGUGGAAGGCAAGAAUGUGGUGGACCUUCUGAGAAAGGCCAUUAAGAAGAGAGGGGACUUUGACAUCGACAUUGUGGCAGUGAUCAACGAUACAGUGGGUACCAUGAUGACCUGUGGAUAUGAUGACCACCGCUGUGAGAUCGGCCUCAUCAUUGGCACGGGCACCAAUGCCUGCUACAUGGAGGAGAUGAGGAACUUGGAGCUGGUGGAUGGGGAUGAAGGCCGCAUGUGUGUCAACAUGGAGUGGGGCGCCUUUGGGGACGACGGGGCACUAGACGACCUGCGUACGGAGUUCGACAAGGAGAUCGAUGCUGGAUCCCUGAACCCUGGGAAGCAGCUGUUUGAGAAGAUGAUCAGCGGCAUGUACAUGGGCGAGCUGGUGAGGCUUAUCCUGGUGAAGAUGGCCAAAGAGGGGCUGAUCUUCCAGGGCAAGAUUACCGCUGACCUUCUCACCACCGGCCACUUCAAGACCUCCUAUGUGUCUGCCAUUGAAAGUGAGAGGGACAAGGAGGGGCUGCUGAAUGCCGAGAAAGUGCUUCGGGAUCUGGGUCUGGAUCCCACUGCGGAGGACUGCAUAGCAACGCAGCGGGUGUGUCAGGUGGUGUCCAUGCGGGCCGCUCACCUGUGCGCUGCCUCCCUGGCUGCCGUGCUCAGGCAGAUCCGUGACAACAAGGCCGCCGAGCGCCUGCGCACCACCAUCGGGGUGGACGGUUCCGUUUACAAGAACCAGCCACAUUUUGCACGACGGCUACACAAGAUGGUUCGACGUCUGGUGCCAGACUGCGACGUGCGCUUCCUGCGCUCUGAGGACUGCAGCGGGAAGGGGGCGGCCAUGGUCACAGCAGUGGCAUACCGGCUGGCUACCCAGCAUGCUGAGCGGCAGCACAUAUUGGACACGUUGAGGCUGAGCCAUGAGCAGCUCCUGGAAGUGAAAAGGAGGAUGAGUGAGGAGAUCUGCAGGGGUCUGGCCAAGGAGACGCACUCCACAGCCAGUGUUAAGAUGCUGCCCACCUUCGUAAGAUCCACACCAGAUGGCACCGAGCGUGGCGACUUCCUAGCGCUGGACCUGGGAGGGACCAACUUCCGGGUGCUGCUGGUGAAAGUGCGGAAUGGGAAGCGGCGCAGUGUGGAAAUGCACAACAAGAUUUACACCAUACCUCAGGAAAUCAUGCAUGGGACUGGGGACGAGCUGUUUGACCAUAUUGUCCACUGCAUCGCUGACUUCCUGGAGUAUAUGGGUAUGAAGGGCGGGCGCCUGCCUCUGGGCUUCACCUUCUCCUUUCCCUGUGAGCAGAAGAAGCUGGACCAGGGCAUCUUGCUAAGGUGGACAAAGGGUUUCAGGGCAACAGGCUGUGAAGGAGAGGACGUGGUGCAGCUGCUCAAGGAUGCUAUUCAUAGGCAGGAGGAAUUUGACUUGGAUGUGGUGGCACUGGUAAAUGAUGCAGUCGGCACCAUGAUGACCUGUGGCUAUGAGGACCUAGAGUGCGAAGUGGGGCUUAUUGUGGGUACAGGUACCAAUGCUUGCUACAUGGAGGAGAUGCACAACGUGGAGCUGGUGGAGGGCGAAGAGGGUCGCAUGUGCAUCAACAUGGAGUGGGGGGCCUUUGGGGACAGCGGCGAACUGGAUGACUUUUGCACGGAGUUUGACAGAGCCGUUGACAACAGCUCCGCCAACCCUGGCAAGCAGAGGUAUGAGAAGAUGAUCAGUGGGAUGUACCUGGGGGAGAUUGUGAGGAACAUACUGUUGGACUUCACUUCUAAGGGGCUGCUGUUCCGCGGGAAGCUGAGCGAAAGGCUGAAGACGCGUGGUAUCUUUGAGACGCGGUUCCUAUCCCAGAUCGAGAGCGACCGGCUGGCCCUGCGCCAGGUUCGCUCUAUCCUGCAGCACCUGGGCCUAACCAGCAGUACCUGCGACGACAGUAUCCUAGUGAAAGAGGUAUGCACCGUGGUGGCGCGCCGAGCCGCUCAGCUGUGCGGGGCAGGCCUUGCUGCUGUGGUCGACAAGAUCCGGCAGAACCGCAGUCUCUCACACCUCCGCAUCACCGUUGGGGUGGACGGCACUCUCUACAAGCUUCAUCCACAUUUCUCCAGCAUCAUGCGUGAGACACUGCAAGACUUGGCCCCCAACUGCGAGGUCACGCUCGUGCAGUCUGAGGAUGGCAGCGGAAAGGGUGCAGCCCUCAUCACGGCGGUGGCCUGCCGGAUCCGGGAUGCGGGUCAGCACUGAGAUCCUCCAGACUCCCGAUGUAGGAAGGGAAUUCCUGUCAGACCUCAAGAAAUUUUUGCCUGUGGCGUUUGCUGUGCCAGUUUGCUAACCAGGCACUUUCCUUGCCUGAAUCGCUGUCCAUGAUAUUAUUUUCUACUUUACUCUGGUGUGUGAGUUGAUGUCGAGUGAGCGAGGUGGUGCUUCAGGGAGUGGAAGGAAUAAAUCGCAUAUUUAGGAACUUAUUUAUUUGAAGUCUUACUGUUAAGGGUCAAGCAACUGGAAGAUUGUGUUUGCUUAAUGAAAUUUGAAUGUAACUUACAGACUGUCACUGUGCAGUUCCCUAAGCUGGCUAAAUCCAAGCACACUAGCAUCUACAAUGUCUUUGUUUUCUAUUUUGAAAAAUGUCUAAUAUGCCGACACACACACACACACACACACACACACACACACACACACACACUUUUUCUAACAAGAUUGAAAAGAUUAUAUACAAAUGCAAUACACAGUUUGAAGAACUGUGAGAUUUCGACAGUGGGGCUGAACAAGAGUGGGUAGAACUGAGACAGUACUGAGAAUUCUGUUCAGUUUCAUAAGGACGGAAGUCACAUGGUUUGUGCUGUGUGGUCCUUCGCUUAGCAGGGAAGGAAGUCAAUGAAUAAAUUGUAAAAAAAAAAAUGAGAACAGCCUAUAAGAAGGAAGAGUCACCCAGUGAGCAAAAUGUAUAUCUUUAUUUUCUACACUGGUAAUUUUCUGUGCUACGUUUCCUUGUAGACAGGGUUGGACUGCGGUCUCCGUACUGGGACCCACGGCAGCUAUAUGAUGAAUAGCAUUUCGUAAGAAAUGGAGUGGUCAGAAAGCAGUGCCGUUGUAAUCACCACAUGACUUUUGACCUGGGGUUGAAGUAAGAAAAUAAAAACUAUGUUUAGCCCUGAGAAGUUUUGUGGGCUCUGCCCAACAGUGUAUGUUGCAGUAAACUAUGCAGAUAUAUUUACAGAAUAUAUGCAGAACAUUUGCCUGCAUGCACAUGCAAAAAGUUUCUCUAAGUUCUUUCUUGAUUGUAUUAUGUCUGGACUGAAACAGUUCCAGUUUGUGAACAUUUCUUCACUAGCGUAUGAUACAUAGAGCACCUACUACAGAAAUGUAUUGAAGAGAGAAAUUUUCCGCGUGAAAACAGAAAAGUUUUUUUUGUUGUUUUUUAAAAGAGUGUACUGAAUGUGAUGCAUUGGAGGAAUAUACCAAGGGUGAAAUAUCACAACAGAAUUUUGGGUGUAACACAAUCAUU